AUGACACAUCUCAAGGGAGUCGAGGUCAUAAUACCAACCGGGGACGAGGAGGACCAUCCUAGACGGGAGUGGGUCAAGGCAACCACAAUCCAAGUUGGAAUGAGAUUCCUUUACAAAUUGAGGGACCCAAGUGGAUAGGGUGCCACAUGUGGUGGCCCUCACUAGAGUGUAAAUUGUCUCACUUGAGCCAAUCGACAUAGCUGCCACUAAUAAUCGAAGAGGUACCAAAUCUAAACACCAUUCAACUUCUUAAUGUGAUACAAGUGAAAGCCAUACAGGAGGGUCCUAGGAAACUACUCUUCGUAAAGGUGAUUAUCAACUCUACUUUGACAAAAGCAUUGGUGGACUUGGGGGUCACCCACAACUUUCUAUCAGAAAAAGAAGCCCACCGCCUCAAGUUGAGCCUGGUCUGUACCAACAACAAGAUCAAGGCUAUCAACUCUGAAGCUUAAACCUCAGUGGGACUAGCCCAACAAGUGAAGAUAGAGAUAGGUACAUGGGAAGACCAGUUGGACUUCCUAGUAUUACGGAUGGAUAAUUUUGAUGUCAUCUUUGGGGCUAACUUCACAACCACAACAAAGGCAGGAAUAUUCCUCCACUAUAAUGACUUGAUAUGCAGAAGGAAACAUUCUUGUUUUGUAUAAGGGACCACUCAAGAGGUAGUAAGACCACAAACCAUCUCAACCAUGCAGCUGAAAAAUCAAUUGCAGCACGAGGCGAAGACAUUUUUUGUCACUCUACAAGAAGCUAGGGAAGAAGGUUAGAAGAGGGGACAUCCACAAGUAUUACCAUUACUUAAUGAAUUCUAUGACAUCAUGCUACAUAAAUUACUUGCUAAAUUACCACCCAAGUGAGACAUAGAACAUGCAAUUGAAUUGUUACUAAGAGAACUCACCAGCUAGAGCCCCAUACAAGAUGCCUCUAGCCCACUUAGAACUAAGGAAACAACUGGAAGAACCACUAGAGGUAGGACAUAUACGGCCCUCACAUGCACCAUUUGGGGUUCCUGUUCUCUUUCAACAGAAGAAAGACGAAAUGUUGAGACUUUGUGUGGAUUAUAAAGCCUUGAAUAAGAUGACAAUAAAGAACAAGUACUCAGUUCCUAAUGCAGAAGACUUGUUCAACAAGUUGGGAGUAGUGAGAAUAUUCUUAAAACUAGAUUUGAAAAGUAGAUAUCAUCAAGUUUGCAUCCUAGAAUGGGAUGAGCAAAAAACGGCUUGUGUCACACAAUAUAGAUCAUAUGAAUUUAUAGUCAUCUUGUUUGGGUUGACUAAUGCUCCAACAACAUUCUGUACUUUAAUGAAUCAUAUCUUUUGACCCUUUUUAGACAAGUUUGCAGUGGUCUACCUUGAUGACAUCUUAGUGUACAGUUGUAAUUUAAAAGAAUAUAUUGCACUUACGUCAAAUAUUGGAGACACUAAAAUGUCAUCAAUUAUAUUUGAACCCUUCUAAAUCCAUCUUUGUCAUGAAAGAGGUGGAAUUCCUAGGUCAUGUGAUCGAAAGUGAAAAAGUAUACAUAGAUCAUAAGAAGGUGUUAGCAAUCAAAGAAUGGCCUGAACUAAAAAGGAGUGCUGGAAUUACGAUCAUUCCUAAGAUUGGCUAACUAUUAUUGCAAGUUUAUCAAGAGCUUCUAUCACAUAAGGGCCCUACUAACAAGACUCCUCAAGAAAGAUCAGAAAUGAAAAUGGUCAAAUGAAUGUCAAUAGGCAUUUGAUGACCUUUGGUUAACAAUCAUGUAAGAACCAAUCUUAUAGCUCUCAAACUUUAAUAAACUGUUUGAAGUAUAUACAGAUGCUUCAGAAAUGACCAUCGGAAGGGUGUUGAUGUAGAAUGAGCACCUAGUGACUUUUGAAGGGAGGAAGCUAAAUGACACAAAACAACGGUACUCGGUGCAUGAGAAAAAGAUGACGGUAGUGAUCCAUUGCUUAUACAUAUAGAGACACUACUUACUUGGUCAAUACUUCACAAUCUACACCGAUAAUAUAGCAACAAGUUGUUUCAACUCCCAGAAGAAAUUAUCACCAAAACAAGCAAGAUGGUAGGACUUCUUAGUAGAGUACAACUUCGCACUCAAAUAUAAAUUGGGACAAAUCAACGUGGUCACCAACGCAUUGAGCCAUCAAGGAGCCAUAGCAGAAGCAACUACACUCUCGACAAGUACAGGGGACUUUUUGGAUGAGAUUCGAGCAUCAUAUACCAUAGACUCCACAGCUAAACAACUAAUCCAAUAG